AUGCGCUUCUCCUUAGCGGUUGUCGGUUACGUUCUUUCAUCCCUCAGUAUUUCUCACGCGGUGCCCUUCACCCAUCUUCCGGGGGUAAGCCAUGCCUUAGGGCGGAGGCAGAGCCAGACAUUUCCUAUUAUUGCGCCUCCGGCUACCUCUUCACCAGUGGCUGCUGCCGAGACUACUGCUAUACCUCUAGUCAGCACUCCAUUAGCAGCUGCUGAGUUAAUCGCACGUCCUCUCGGCUCUGCACCACCUGCUGUGGAGUCGGUUUCUGCACUUCCGGUGAGCUUUUCGCCAGCAGCAGCUAUACGUCUAAUCAGCACCCCACUGGCGCCUCCCGAGACAGUUGCCGCAUCUCCUCCCAGCUCUGCGCCAGCUCCUGUCAUAACGGCUGCUGAACGUGUAGCUAGCACUCCACCGGCUGCUGAACGUGUAGCUAGCACUCCACCGGCUACUGAACGUGUAGCUAGCACUCCACCGGCUACUACCUCAGAAACAGCUGCAGCAGAGAUAACAAGGACGGUGACGAUAACUGAGAGUGCUGCUCCGGCUACGGUCACAGUCACACAUUCAUUCUUUCCCAACAUUACAUCCUGUCCUCUCAACGUUUCAACCGUGACUAGUGGUCCUGCGGAGCAUUUUGUCCUCCCUAAGAGACGCAUGAAAUGGGCGGCCACGGAUGACAGCCCCGGCGGAGACUUUCUAGGCAAGAGAAGAAACGUCAAAGUUGCAAUCCCCGCACGAGCUGGAUGAGACAUAGGAGACUGUAUUGGACCACAAUGUCCAAUUUGGUCCAGUAAAUGGGGCGGAAGAAAAAAAAGAAGAGCCUUCGGCUGGAUGCAAUUUUCGUUUUCUGAACUUCACAUUGGAUGGAUGUAUACUAAAAAGACAUGCCACUGUACUUGUAUCUUGAGUUGUAUUUCUUAUAGAUUAGCUCCGGGUGUAGCAGGGAAUAUAGACCGAUAGAAUGAAUAUACAAGUUUGAUCAAGC